GUUCUGUGUUUAAUUUAAAUUAAAGUGGUUCUAAAUCGGAAAGAAGUAUGAUAAAAGUAUAUAAUGAUAUACCGAUUUCAUAUUGGAAAUUUUAUGUGUAUCUAAUGUUAUUGCUGUACCGAAAAAAAUAAUAAUUGAAGGAAAAAUGUGUCAUUAUUUUUUUAUAAUGUUAUUUUAAUCGGUAUCUAUGUAUUACGUUUGAGCUGCAUUGGCGCGAGCAGCGUGUAGUAAACGUCACUUUCAAAUUGCACAUCGUUUCUUGUUUAUAAGGAUUAUUUUUUAUUUCUAUAAUAAUGUCAGAUACCAAAAGAGAACACAAUGAAAGUGAUAACGAUGAAGAAUGGGUUGGACCAUUGCCUUCAGAAGCUGCACCUCAAAAGAAACAAAAAGUUUUGGAAUACGAACAAGUAUACUUAGAUAAUUUACCAUGUUGCGAGUGUUACGAAAAAUCUUAUAUGCACAGGGAUGUAAUUACGCAUAUCUUAGUAACAAAAUCAAACUUUGUGAUAACGGCUAGCUGUGAUGGUCAUGUUAAGUUUUGGAAGAAACAAGAUGAACUUGUAGAAUUUGUAAAACACUUUCGUGCACACUUAAUGGCUAUACAAUCUAUGGCAGCUAGUUGUAAUGGUGUUCAUGCGUGCACAGUUAGUUUAGAUAAAACAAUAAAAAUUUUUGAUGUUAUCAAUUUUGAUAUGAUUAAUAUGAUCAAAAUGGAUUUUAUACCUCUUUAUUGUGAAUGGAUAUAUUCUCCUGGUGAUGCGAUACCAGCUCUAGCAGUUUCGGCUCAAGAGUCGAAUAAAAUUUUUAUUUAUGAUGGACAGGGGACUGGGACUCCAUUACAUGUCUUUGAAAAAUUACAUACGAAACCUGUUGUUGCAAUGAAAUACAAUCCUGUGUAUGAGACAUGUAUUUCCGUGGAUAAAGCGGGUAUUUUAGAGUACUGGACAGGACCUAAAAUGGAAUACAAGUUUCCUAAAUGCGUUGCGUUUGAUUCGAAGCUGGACACAGACUUGUUUGAGUUUGCAAAAAAUAAAACUUAUCCGUGUGGCUUAGCAGUAGCGCCGGAUGGCAAAAAAUUUGCUUCUCUUAGCGGAGAUAGGAAAGUUAGAGUCUUUAAUUUUCGUACUGGCAAACUGUAUAGAAUAUUUGACGAAACAUUACAAAGGUUUUCAGAAUUACAACAAAUGACACAGCAAUUGCCGAAUAUGGAAUUUGGACGGAGAAUGGCUGUUGAAAGGGAAUUGGAUAAAACGGAAACGAAUUUGGGAAAUAUAGUUUUCGAUGAAUCUGGUUACAUGAUUUUAUAUAGCACAAUGUUGGGUGUAAAGCUAGUAAAUUUGCAUACGAAUCGAUGUAUCAGAAUUAUGGGAAAACCUGAAAAUAUUCGUCCUAUGCAAUUAGCUCUGUUUCAGGGCAAAGCAAGAAAAACUACAGCGGCAUUGACCGUUGAAAUGGAAGCAUCAGAGAAUCCAACAUUGGAAAUGAAUCGUCCUGAUCCUACUCUCUUCUGUACAGCUCAUAAGAAGAAUAGAUUUUAUAUGUUUACAAGGCGAGAACCAGAGGAUACAAAAAGUCAAGAGUGUGACAGAGAUGUUUUCAACGAGAGACCAUCGAAAGAAGACAUCAUUUCAUCUACAGAAGCUACAAAUAUGCAAAAGAUUUUUGAUACUGCAAUUGUUCAUACAACUCUUGGGGAUAUUCACGUGAAUCUUUUCGGCAAAGAUGUUCCGAAAACAGUAGAGAAUUUCUGUGUUCACGCGAAAAAUGGUUACUAUAAUGGACACGUGUUUCACAGAGUGAUCAAGGGAUUCAUGAUACAGACUGGUGAUCCCACUGGAACUGGCACUGGUGGAGAGAGUAUAUGGGGAGGUGAAUUCGAGGAUGAAUUUAGGUCUCACCUAAAACAUGACAGACCUUACACUUUAAGUAUGGCGAAUGCCGGGCCGAACACUAACGGCAGCCAGUUUUUCAUCACUUUAACACCAACCCCUUGGUUGGAUAACAAGCAUACAGUAUUUGGCAGGAUAGUAAAAGGAAUGGAAGUUGUACAGAAUAUCAGUCAAGUGAAGACGAAUCCAAAAACUGACAAACCUUACGACGACAUUCGAAUAGUUAGCGUCAGUGUAAAAUAAUAUUCUGAAAUAAAUACAUGUAACAUUAUAUUUUGAUAAAUCUCUCUUUUUAUUUGUUCCACCCGUAUCCUUAAAAUAUUAUUCCGCCUUCUGUCUCCAUUGAUAAAGGGCCCCUCUUGCGAAAUUAUAUGCUCCUAUUAAACUUGUGAAUGCGUUCACGCUAAACAGGUUGUAAUUCUUUGGGAUAAUUACUAGCGAAUAUCUGGUGGAUAAGUAGUUAGUGUACUUACUGUCAAAAAAUUUAUAUAAGAAGAACUUUCGACAGUUUCAAAAUACCUAGACCAUAUAGCACCGGUAAGCAUAAGACUCGCCGUUUGACUGAGAGAUAUCGUGUCAGGGGGUCGAUUGAUAUCUCCUAUUCCUGCUACCACUAAACCCCAUUUAAAGGUGGGCGCCCAAAAAAAUA